AUGGACCCAUCCCGCUCCGACUCCGAGAACAUGAACUUCCUCUCGAGGAUCUGCGCCGUGGCACCGCAGGCGCAUCCAAAUUGCCAGACAGGAUUCUACGGAUACAAACUGAGCCACAAUGCCAACGGCGCCUUCAUGGUGCUAUUCUCUAUUGUUGCAGUUGCUUACAUCUGCAUCACUACCGAUCAGUUCGAGGACGAUGCCUUCUUCAUGCAGAUCUGCUGUUUGACCAUUGGCCCGGCGUUCAUGGCCGCGGCUAUCUAUCUUUGUAUGCGGAGGAUUGUUUUUUGUUUCGGCGAGGAGAACUCCCGCAUCUCGUCCAGAUGGUUCACCAGAAUUUUCAUCCCAUGCGACAUCGUCUCCCUCGUCCUGCAGGCCACGGGUGGCGGUCUUUCAGCUGUCGCAUACAAGAACGGCGGUCAUGUGUCUACCGGCAACAAUAUAAUGAUUGCCGGCCUGGCCUUCCAAGUUUUCACAAUGGCCACCUUCAUCUGCAGCGCGGUCGACUUCACGCUGCGCACAUACUUGCGCUACAAGCUGCAGGGCCAAGAAGCCCUCGAGCAGGCCGUGUCAAACACGGCUGUCCGCAGCUCGACCCCCUUCCGCCUCUUCCUCGCGGCCCUGAUCUUUGCCACGCUGUGCAUCUUCACCCGGUGCUGUUUCCGUGUUGCGGAACUCAGCGGAGGGUGGACGGGUCCGUUAAUGAAGAAACAGGUACUGUUCAUCGUAUUCGAGAGCACCAUGGUCUUCUUGGCGAGCGUGGCACUGGUCGUCUUCCAUCCCGGGUGGUGUUUCAAGAUAAUGCUGGAGGGGGAGGGCGGCCUGGGCCUCAGCCGGCUCAGACAGUUCAGGCCGUUCCGGGGAAAUAGACCGCGAGCCAAUGCUGUUUCUGAAGGGAGCGUCGAUGAUGGCGUGUUACAGCGGCAGAUCUCGGGGCAGAUGCAGGGUGGCGAGGACAAAACCGAGGCUCAGGCCCCGACGACCUCACGCGUCCAAGUUCCUGCUCCACGUGCGAACACCACCUCCACUCAUGGAGCCAACAGAGUCACGUUGCAGCCCAACAUUCUGCUCAGUGAGACUCUCGCAGAGGAUAAUACAGCCUCGGGGGCUGAACAUAACACACCUGUCAGGUCUGCGGUUGCCAAUGCGGUGGCUAAGCGGCACACCCUGCCCAUCAGGCGCGGCAAUCUCUCCUCCCUGACCACAUAG